AGAAAGACCACUACAAAUGAGCAAGGGAGAAGUGCUGACUCAGGCGGACAUCAAUCUGAAGGUGACAAAGAGCAGCCAGGUGCUACACUUCCAGUUCAGGGAUGACAAGCAGUGGAAAUUACAGCAGAUCCGGGACGCUCGCAACCAUGUGACCCAGGCUCUUCAGCUGCCGAGCAGCCAUGACGACAGCUAUCACUUCAAGACGGGGGCGGAAGUGAACAAGCUGAUGGACGCUGUGAUGCUGCAGCUGACACGCGCACGAAACCGCCUCACCACUCCGGCAUCCAUGACGCUGCCUGAGCUGGCCACCAGCGGGCUGAUGAAGAUGUUCACUCCUCCGAUGCCCGGUGAUGUGAUGGUGAACUUCUACAUCAACUUGAGUAAACUCUGCCCGACAGUUCACCAACUCCACGUGCUGCCGUCCAACACCACCAAGUAUUUCAAGCCUUCUGGCAGCUCGGUGCCACGCAGUCCUGGAGCCAUGUUUGAACUCAACAAUAACCGCUUUGAAGUCAGCCAUGUUCACAAGGUGGAGUGUGUUGCUCCUUGGCUCAACGACACCUUGGUCUUCUUCACCAUCUCACUCCAGCUCUGUCAGCAGCUCAAGGACAAGAUAUCCGUCUUCUCCAGUUUCUGGAACUACCGGCCGGUAUAAGUGUGAAGGACACGCCCCUAUUUAUUAUUGUUCCAUGUGUAUUCACGGCCAUUGUUGUGCAAGAGCUACAUCCGAGGUCGGGAACCUUUUUGGCACAGAGAGCCAUGAAAGCCAAAUAUUUUAAAAUGGAUUUCCGUAAGAGGCAUAUCAUAUUUUUUAACACUGCCUAAUGCAUGCAUUUUUUUUAGGUAAAACCAACAUUUUUAGAGUAUAACAAGUCUCUAAAUUAUUUUUAAUAACAUUGUUAUUUCUUGAACAGGUGCGGUAGAAAACAGUUGGAUGGAUUAAAAUACAUGAGAAUGUUUUAUAUUUUGAACGUUAUUUUACCAGCAGAAUUAUUAAUUACUUAUCGUGUUAAGCAAGGUCAGCUAAGAUUUAUCUGAGAGCCAGAUGCAGUCAUCAAAAGAGCCACAUCUGGCUCUAGAGCCGUAGGUUCCCUACCCCUGAGCUACAUGAUCAUCUUAAAGAGCCAGUAUCAAACAUAUCCAGUAGUUUAUAUGUAUGUGCGUAUGUAUGUGUACAUAUCUAUUUUGUUUUCCAGCUGACUGACAUUCCUCGCACAUUACUCUCUCUGAACCUGUUUUUGUUUCUGAAGUAUUUCAUGUUGAGAGAGUAUUAAGUAUUCAUGGUGUAGUACUCAUCAAUCCUUCAGCGAUCUGCCCUCAGGCCAAAUGGUGGACUUUGAAAGAUCGACCUUCCCUAAAUUCUCAUUUAAGUUGGAAACUUUCCUUCGGUGAUUAUUAGAAAGUGAAAUUUCAGUCAAAUGCGUACAAAUUCAGCGCGAUGCAUCCCAUAUUAACUCUAUGCUUUUGCACAAAGGCCACGCCCACUUCAUGCAAAUGUAUUAUCCUAGCUCAGUUGGUAGAGUGGCCGUGGCAGCAACUUGAGGGUUGCAGGUUCGAUUCCCGCUUGUGCCAUCUUAGUUACUGCCGCUGUGUCCUUGGGCAAGACACUUUACCCACCUGCUCCCAGUGCCACCCACACUGGUUUAAAUGUAACUUAGAUAUUGGGUGUCACUAUGUAAAGCGUUUUGAGUCACUUGAGAAAAGCGCUAUAUAAAUAUAAUUCACUCCACUUCACUUCACUAAUACACAAAAAUUAAAAGCACGGUGGAAGAGGGGUUAGUGCAUGUGCCUCAUAAUACGAAGGUCCUGAGUUCAAUCCCGGGCUCGGGAUAUUUCUGUGUGGAGUUUGCAUGUUCUCUCCGUGACUGCUUGGGUUCCCUCCGGGUACUCCGGCUUCCUCCCACCUCCAAAGACAUGCACCUGGGGAUAGGUUGAUUGGCAACACUAAAUUGGCCCUAGUGUGUGAAUGUGAGUGUGAAUGUUGUCUGUCUACCUGUGUUGGCCCUGCGAUGAGGUGGCGACUUGUCCAGGGUGUACCCCGCCCUCCGCCCGAUUGCAGCUGAGAUUGGCUCCAGCACCCGGGGCGGUAUAGCUCGGUUGGUCGAGUGGCCGUGCCAGGAACUUGAGGGUUCCAGGUUCGAUCCCCGCUUCCGCCAUCCUAGUCACUGCCGUUGUGUCCUUGGGCAAGAUACUUUACCCACCUGCUCCCAGUGCCACCCACACUGGUAUAAAUGUUACUUAGAUAUUGGGUUCCACUAUGUAAAAGCGCUUUGAGUCACUAGAGAAAAGCGCUAUAUAAAUAUAAUUCACUUCAAUAUUUUGUACUGGUAUACAAUUUAAUAAAUCAGAAACUGAUGACAUUUUCUUUUCUUUUUCUUCUAUGUCCCACUCUCCCCUGUAGAGGGGGUCCGGUCCGAUCCGGUGGCCAUGUACUGCUUGCCUGUGUAUCGGCUGGGGACAUCUCUGCGCUGCUGAUCCGCCUCCGCUUGGGAUGGUUUCCUGCUGGCUCCGCUGUGAA